AUGAGAAACCAUACAGUAAUAAGAACUUUUAUCCUGCUGGGACUGACAGAUGACCCACACCUGCAAGUUCUGCUUUUUCUCUUUCUAUUUCUCACCUACAUGUUAAGUGUAACAGGAAACCUGACUAUUAUCACCCUCACAUUUGUGGACCACCACCUUAAAACUCCUAUGUACUUCUUUCUCAGAAAUUUUUCCUUCUUAGAAGUCUCAUUUACCACAGUCUGUAUUCCUAGAUUCUUGUACAGUAUAUCAAUGGGGGACAAUACCAUUACCUACAAUGCUUGUGCCAGUCAAAUAUUCUUUGUUAUUCUUUUUGGAGCAACAGAAUUUUUUCUCCUGGCAGCCAUGUCCUAUGACCGCUAUGUGGCCAUCUGUAAACCCCUUCAUUAUAUGCUCAUCAUGAACAACAGGUUGUGUACCUUAUUAGUCCUCUGCUGUUGGGUGGCUGGCUUGAUGAUCAUUGUUCCACCACUUAGCUUAGGCCUCCAGCUUGAAUUCUGUGACUCCAAUGCCAUUGACCAUUUUAGCUGUGAUGCAGGUCCUCUCCUAAAGAUCUCAUGCUCAGAUACAUGGGUAAUAGAACAGAUGGUUAUACUUAUGGCUGUAUUUGCACUCAUUAUCACUCUAGUUUGUGUGAUUCUUUCCUACUGGUACAUAGUCAGAACAAUUCUGAGGUUCCCUUCUGCUCAGCAAAGGAAAAAGGCAUUUUCUACCUGUUCAUCCCACAUGAUUGUGGUUUCUAUUGCCUAUGGAAGCUGCAUCUUCAUCUAUGUGAAGCCCUCAGCAAAAGACGGGGUUGCCAUAAACAAAGGAGUUUCAGUUCUUACUACUUCUGUUGCACCCUUGUUGAACCCCUUCAUUUACACCUUGAGGAACAAGCAAGUGAAACAAGCUUUCAGUGACUCUGUAAAGAGGAUUGCAUUUCUCUCAAAGAAUUAG